AUUGCUGUAAAUAAAUCGGAAAUCGAGUGAAGUUUAGUGUCAAUUGAAAAUAGUUUAAUUAGUUUUUAUAGUUUACAGAAACUAUUAGUAAAACAGCGAAUGUUGUUUUUUAACACCGAAAAAAGACAAAUAAGUAAUCCCCUAAACCUCAUUUGUGCUUUUGAAAUCAAAAUUUCAUGAAUUUCUUCAGAUUUGAAAAUAUAUGGUUUUUAAUGGGUAAAUAAUGAAAAUAGCAGCUACUAUUAAUCACAUGCAAGUUUAAAUCGUGCAUAAAUCCUGAAUAUUAGAAGAAAGGAUUUAAAAGAACUUUCUAGACACACAUCUUUUAGUUUUUAAUAUCUGUAUCUUUUUCAAUAAAUCAUGAAUGUGAAACAAGAACGACACGAUGAAGCUGAGAUUAGAGAAUUGGCUACUAAACUUAUUAAGGCCAACAAGGCAAAAAUGAGUUUAGCCCAAAUGCACCAACAGAAAUUUCAAUGUUUUUUAAGUGGAGUCGAGAAAUCUCAACCUAAAAAUAAUGCUGAUACAAACGAAGCUGAUACCAAAUACAUUGAUCAAGAGUCAGUAAAGGGUAGAUUUGGAUGGACUAUGAUAGGUCAAAGCCAUAUUCCAUAUUAUAUUCUAAGGUCUGGAGAGAAAUAUUGUGCAGUGAGAAUGGUAGAAAUGAAAGUGUUCAAUUUUCUCUAUCAAGACUUAUCCAACUGCGUAAACAUUCCAAGUUAUUACAUAACUGAAGCUGAAGCUCGUUUGUUAAAUGAAAUAAACUUCAAACAUUGUGACUUCCAGUUCGGCCGUGUACAGUUUACAUCCCAGGACCUUAUAGCUAGACUGGUGGAUGGAAAUGAAUUUUAUCAGUUUUUAGAACAUUGUUAUACAAAGUUAAGGUGUAAUCACAUUGAGCACGUGAAGAACCUGGGUUGUUGUGGUUUUAUUCGCAUAAACAAGGAAUCAGUCGUACCAUUUACCUUACACAAUGAACAAAAGUAUGUACCUCUAUUUUACUUCGAAGGCGAAGUUGACAACCUUCGCCAAAUAGCAGAAAGAUUGGAAGGCUGGGGUUUAGCCUACCUAAAAUAUUGUUGUAAAGUUCAGGGAAUAAGGAAUGAGUUAUUUGCUCAUGAAAUUUGUUCAGUGAUUAGGUUAAAUGAUAUCAAGGACUAUUUUCCGCCGGGAAGUAUAUUUGAGGAUUACUGGCCUAAAAGGAAUCUAGAGUCACAACUAAUUAUCAGUAAAACAUCAACUAAUCUUAAACAUAAUAUUCUCCAGUGGAUUCAGAAACCAACUGCUCCUCUUUAUACAUACUCGUCCCCAUUUCCAAUACCAACAGCACAAACAAAGGUCCCUAAUGAUCACACACGUAAUGUGCACAUCUAUCCCAAUUACACGAUAGCAGAAGGACAGCCAUAUUACCAUGGAACUCAAAUGAAAACUGCUAGUGGUGCAAUCCUAUAAUUAUGCUCAUAAUACUGCACCACCACUGUAUUAUAAAUAUGCUUAUAUUUAUAAAUAGUUAUUUAUUAAAAAUAUACAUACAAAACAGAUUCGAACAGAC